UAAUAUCAAAGAUAAACGUCGUUGAAUUUUUUAUUCCGUCCAUUCGUUAUAUAGUCCUCGAGUCCUGUCAAAUGAUCCAGCGCAAUCGAAGGCUUGCGAAAUGUCAAAUGCAUGAUCUUUCUGCUACUUGUGCAUGGUAAACUUUCAUCUGGACAAGUCGUAGCCAACGCUGCGGACCGAAAUACGCGAGUUUGUACACUGUGUCGAGUUGCCGCUGUCUGUAAUGUCAAUUUAUACAAUCGUGAGUGUGGCAGGCGUGAGCCGCAUGGGUGGACGAUUCGUAGAGUAUAAAAGUGCCGUAACCUAUUAACGUAAUUUUUCGUACUUUUGUUGUUUAGUUUUUAAGUUGUUUUUCCUCCGACAAAAAUGAAGUUAUCUCAAGUUUUGUGGAAGCAACACAUCGGUCGUCAAAUACGUAACAAUUGGUAUUCGCAAGGCAAAGUGAAACCUUUCGAAACCAAUGCCGAAAAGAUCCUCACUCAGCGAGGUAUACCCGUUAUCGAUGCAGAAAUAUACUUAGACCAUCAACCGAAAAAUAGAUUCAUUAUCAAUAAUGAUGACUUCUUGGUACCAAAGCCACUUCCCAGAGACUCAACGCAUCCUGAUUACAAGGAAGUCCCAUGUUUACAAUACGGAGAUAAUAUUGUGUUAUUGGAGGGAAUUGUGCAAGCUCAACACUUGACAAAAACUGUUCUUUUCAAUGAUGCAUUACCAGAUUCUGUAGAAAAAUCAACAGAAGAUGUUUCAGAUCAUACCAAUGAACUCGUACAAAAGAUCAUUAAAACAUCGGUUAUGUUUGAUGCUCAUCAAGAACUUUUGCCAAAAAUAAAAGAUCCUCUGAGACCUGCUUGGAACUUUCCUAGACAAAUGGGUAUUACAGAUUUGAGGAAAGCACAAAAUUUGAACAAGAAAAUGUUACAGCUAUGUGAUCGUUUGAGUGGUCCUGAAUUUGUUAAAAACAGAAGUGUUGUUGAAAAUGGAUUAUUAUGUUAUCCAUUUGAAAGGGAAUUUGAACUUUUUGAAUUCACUUUGACUAUGGAUUUAAUGCUCCUUUCUAAAGAAACUUUGAAACCUAACAUGGAAGGCAAUGAAGAAGUUUGCAAAAAGAUGAUUGUGCCAGAUAUGCAUCCACUACAUCCUUCUAUUGGUUUUGAUGAAAGUCAUUUUUAUGACCAUAAAUACUUGUACCCUGUGAUUACUGGUAACCAUCAAAAACAUUUGCACACAAUAUUUGUUUAUCACGACCCAACUAAAGUUAAAAAUAAAACGGAGUUAACUGUCAGAGAAAAUCAAACAAAGGCACGAUCCCUUGUAAAGUCAUUUACUGCAGCAGCUUGUUCAGCCUGUGAACAAUUUGGCAAAGAUGUCAAAGAACUGCCUAAACCAGUGACUGUACAAAGUGUAUACUCUGAUGGAAAAAAUUAUUACUUUUCUGUGUACCAAUUAAAUACAUUGAAUUUGGGUGGAUUGGAAGGACUAAAGAAUUAUUUUUGGAUAUCACCAAAAAUGAGUUUGUACGAAACAGGAGCUUUUGUCAAUGGAAUCCCAACUUUAGAAGGAUAUAAUCCAGAAGUAUUUAAAAAAAUAUUAACAUUUUAUAAAAAUAAAUGAAUAAUUACGAAUUGAACAAAGUAUAAACAAGUUUUAUUUAUUUUUU